AGGUAAAAUGAGUGAAGACAUUGUUUACAUACCAGUUUAUCUGUCACAAGUGAGACUGGCAGUGGUGACAGGUAUUAAAGGUCAAACAGAGGGUACAUGGAACGUCUUUCAACAGAAGUUAAAUCAUACUGCCAGUGAUAUAGAAUUUGAUAACGAAUUUGGAAAUCCACAUAUUGCCGAGUAUGACACUAGUACAGUUCACACUGGUAACACGUACACGUAUAUUGAACCGACAUCUUACUGUAAAAUUCUCAGUCUUGUAAGCAAAUCACCACAUAAAUCAUUUGACACUGCAUCCUCGAACCAAGUACAUAAUCAUCAAGAUCAAGGCCAAGGUCUAAACGAUUACGAGGAAAUUGACAUCACGGCGCGUGAGAAUCAAACGACACUUGAACCAUAUGACAAGCUCAUGAUGUCACAGUCAAAGACAAGUCAGUUGACGUCAAAAUUACAUAAGCACAAUAGAAAAUAUCAUGUGACACCACCAGCGCUCCCAGAACGGAAGCCAUUACCUGGUCUUCCUGCAUUAGUUUCAAAGGAUAAUAGUGCGGAAUCAAUAUAUGAAAAUGGUGUACCACGAACGAAUUUAGCACCAUCAACGCACACCAGCCCAAAACUUAAACCUAAGCCAUCACCUGGAGCCGUGAGUAAAUUUGUACGUGAAGUUAAAAGGCAUGCUGACGUAAAGAAACUGAGUAUCGACGAGGUUGUCGAGUAUCUUAAAAAACUGAACCUAGGAAAAUAUGCUGAUACUUUUAAGACUGAGCAAAUUGAUGGUCGACUGCUUAUACAACUGGACAAAGACAUGCUGAAAGAAGAUUUUGAUAUGAAAGGUGUGGAGGCACUGAGACUUGUUACCUUUGCCAAAAAAGGCCACGUGCCAUAUUAGAUCAGCCCGGGAUUGGGUACUACUAUCUGAACGUGAUAAACUUUUCAUUUGUUAAAGUUUUGUUUGUGAAUUUGUAGCGUCGAUGCCCACUUAUAAGUAAUAGUGUGUAACCAAGUGCUAUUUCUAAGAUUAAUUGUUAUUUUCCAAGAAAGACAACUCUGUCGACCUUGUUUGAUUUUUACUCGUAACUUUGUAUCAUUAUGUCCCUUUGACCAAAUCUGCUAUGUUUCCCUCCUAAAGUUAUGGUCACCUGAGAUCAGUGUUUGUAUAAUCAGAAGUUGUUGGUCAUUGUGGCAUGUACGAGUAUAUGUGUUUUUCUUACUUCGAAAUCAGUAUUUAAACAUUAAGGUUUGAGUAAUUUGGUAUUGGUAUAUUCUUAAAAGAGCUUAUGUCAACAUAAUAAAAACUUAUUUCAAUUAAUAAGUUGUGGUUUUGAUACAAAUCAUUUUGAUAAAUUAGUAAUAUUCUUGAGUGUUAGAAUUCAAGAUGACAGCAUACUUCCUUGUCUUAUAGUUAUUCAUAGAAAUCACUGUUUCUAUUUGUUAUAUACUGAUGUUUGUAAUUUACAGUUAUAAAUACAGCAUAAUUAACAGCACAGUGAGACAGACAGGUGUGAGGUUGCAAGAGUUUGAUCCACAAUUUGUAUGUUAUAUUAUGUUCAUAUGUAAUUGGUUAUAUAUUUUGGAACUAUAUAUAUUAAGGUAAUUAUUCUAUAAAUAACUGGUUAAGUGGUUACAAGAUGCAAGAAUAUAUCUAGAUAUGUGUUUUGUGUUUAGAUUAUACAUUAAGAAAAGGUGCAAUUCUUAGAAUAUUUAAAUGCCUGACUGAUCUGUUGAUAUAAGGGAUUUGUUAUAUUUAAAGAUAUUAUAUAUAUUGAAUCAUAUAUUUCGUUAUGGUCAGG